AUGUCGGUUCGCAUGGAUGCCUCGCUCUACAGCGAUGUCGCUCGCAUUGAGCGCGGCGACUACCUGCGCUUUCACUGUGAGCUGCUCUCCGCGAACGGCCGUGACACUCAGCGGUACUUCUUUGGCUGCUACUACCCUCGUUGGCAUGGUUUCUACCUGGAGGAGGUGCGCUCCAUCAUUGGCAAUAUGGGCUACCCUGAGCUAAAGCACUUCCCAUCCUACCCGUUUGACGUGUACCUCAAGUCCGCUGACGUCGCAGAGGCGAAGCACUCGGCUCAGAGCUUCGAAGUGGACUGUGCGAACUCCACGACGUACACCACAGACGACUUUCAGGUAGACAAUAUCAUCGUGCUUGGCCCGCCCCAGAACCAGCGCGACGAUGCCGUGAAGCGGUUCAAGAUAGUCUCGGUGGAUGUGAGUCACCUCAAGACCAAGACCUUCUCUCUAGCCCCUGUGGCGAACCUCAACAGCAGCUCUACUAAUAACCCCGAUACGAUGCUAUCCACUCUGCGCGCACCUGGUGGAGAGCGGGUGCCGGUGCGGCUGUCGAGAGAAGUGCUGGACGUUCUUACGCAGCUUCGAGGAGCUUACAUCGAUCACGCAGGUGGUGGCAUUCCAGAGAUCGGCAUCAAGGCAAUGGGCCGGCCGUUCCGCAAAGUGAGUGACGACGGCCGGCGAUGGAUGACACGCGGCGGCGUGCGCCAGCUUGUCUGCCACUCCCGCGCGUUUGGCGCAGAUGCCGGCUGCUUAUCCGGCACUCGCCAAGCCCAGCAGACGAUUGACGAGGUGACAGACACGAUCUUUAGCGCUUUUCCACACGAGGGGGCUACGCACCCGAUAGCGCCAGGGGAAGAGGCGUGCGAGGAGCGGAUUGACUACGACGUCUUCAUGGAUUAUGUCCGAGGUCACAUGAACUCAACCCGCAAGAAGGCGGUGCUCGAGGUAUUCCAGCAGCUGGACUACGACUCGGACGGCAACAUCACCAUCAAGGAUAUCCAAGCCACUUUCAACGCGCAGGAGCACCCCGUCGUCGUCUGUGACGCCAUCUUCACAGCUGAGAAGCUUCUGAGGGGUUUUCUCGCCAUCUGGGAUGAGAACCAGCACCAUUUUGGACUUGUGCCGUACACCGAGUUCGUGGACUACUACAACGGCCUUAGCGCAGUUAUUGAAGAUGACACUGUCUUCUUGGCCAUCCUCAAGACCACCUGGAAGGUGCCAAACUGGACGAUAAAGUUUGUGUAG